AUGCCUAAUGAACUAAGGGCUUUCAUUUGGGAUCGACGAAGCCGCCGCCACAACCUCUCGACCGCCACCAUCCCUCCGGUGAAGAACGACCUCGCCAGCGAUCACAACCACAGCUCGCCGCCGGCCCCGUGGCUCCUCGACCUCAUCGCUUACCAGGUGGAUCUCAUCACCACUCUUCUUCUCUCCCUCAUCUCCCCCUUUUUCACCUCCCUCUUCGUUGGCCCUGAAUCUUCCGACCUCGCCGCCCUCGCCGACUCCGACCGCCCGGCCCGCGCCCUCCUCGACUCCCCCGCUGCCCGCACUGCUCUCUCCCUCGCCCUAUCCCACCCAUCCUCCGGCGCUGGCGACGACCCUCUCUGCCAAUGGCUCUACGACACCCUUCAGUCCCCCGAUCUGGAUCUCCGCCUCGUCCCUCUCUCCUUCAUCCCUCUCGUCUCGGGUCUGUAUCUGUCUCGCGUCAUCUCCGGUGACGGCGCCACUCCCUCCCUUGCCGGCUUCGAGGCCGUCCUUUUGGCUGUCUACUCGUCGGAGGUCAAGGCUCGUGCUGGCCGUCCCGUCCUCAUCUCCAUCCCGGAUCUCUCUCUGCCGUCUCUCUACCACACCCCAUGACCAAACUCUAACCCUAACCCUCACCCGAAAUCCCUCAUUUCUUAUGAGCUUGCAUGACAAUAGCA